CUGUUGCAAACACUUUAUCGGCGAAACCAAAACUAAACAGAAGCAAAGUUUAGUAAACUAUGCUGUAGGCGGACGUAAAUUCUUGAGCUGCAGCCGCGCAGGAGCAAGUCGAGAGGAAAAUGACCGCGGAAAGUGCGGAAAAGCGGACGAGUCCGGAGCACGAGCAGCGGGGAUUGACCACCAAAGUGGCGCUGCGGCGUCUGCAUGAGGAGAUUGAAAGGGUGCUCCACGAACACGAGCGGCAAUACGGCACGGAAAGCUCCUAUCGAAAGUUGCGGGCGGCAUUUGUGAAGCGUUACGACAGCCCACUGGGAUGGCUUUCCAUUGGAGCCAGUUUGCUGGCCAGCGGAGCACUCCUCAUCACGGGCAUGUUGUGGCCGGCUCUGUGCCUCCUGGCCAUCCUGUCCCUCGAUCUUUUCGUCGUGGUGCGGGAGAACAACCUGCGGCGCACGGAGAUCUACCGGAAAACCCGACAUGCCAUGGCGGAACUGCAACUGGCGGAGCAGCAUUUCAGCGAUGAUUGGCAGCCAGCUAAUUAUCCGCACCUGAGCAACCCCAUGUCGCCCUGCGUUUCGCUGCAGUGGACCUAUCGUGAUGGCAAGAUUGUCAAUCUGCCCUGGGCUUUGCUUGUGCGCGGAGAUCAUAUUGUUCUACGGCCGGGUCACAUUUCACCAGGUGCCUGUCACGAACUGGAAACGAACAAGUUCUUUGCGGCCAACGAAAUCUAUGGUGCAGCGCCGCAUGGCGAUCCUCCCGUGAAGCCAGUGGCCCGGCCGCCACUGCCCGAUCUUGUGUGCUGCCUGGAGGGCACACCCUACCUGGACAACCUCACGGUUUGCUUGAAGCAAUCCCUAAAGCGACCGCCCACCAUCUACAAUCAGCAGCGCUAUCUGCUGGUCACCAAGUACAUACAGCAGUGGGGCUUCAUCAGUGCCCUGGUUAUCACGCUCAUCUCGGGCUUACUGCGACUCCAUGGCUAUGGCCUGCCCACCGACGAGAAGCACAACUGGCGCUUCGUGCUCAUCGAAUCACCGGCGGCGGCUAUUAUACCUCUUCUCCCCCUGAUCUUUCCGCUCAUGUGGAUAUCCAUGAAUCUGUGGGGCAUUGCGAGGCUGCAGUGCUUUCUGAAAACCCCGCAGGCUUCGCUGGAGAAGAGCACAAGCAAAUCGUUCGAGGAGGAUCUGGACACGCCUUCAUAUGACUAUCAAAAUGUGUCGCUGCUUCGCUCCAAUGUCUUCCGCAUCUGGAUGCAGUUGUGGCGCGGCGAUAGUGAACUGUUGCCGCGCUCAGCCAAUUUGGUACAGGUGCUGGGCUCCAUUUCGGCGCUCUGCUGCGUGGACAAGAAGGGCAUCCUGUCGUGGCCCAAUCCCACUGCCGAAAAGGUAUUCUUUCUGCACAACACCGACGAGGAGGCGCGCGAAGAUGGAGCGGGCAGUCAGUCAUCGUCGCAGAGCGAAAGCGACGAUGUGCCGGAUGUGGAUGAGGAUCACAAGGAGCGGGGCAUAGUGGCCGAAGUGCUGGACCUAACGCACGAUCAGCACUGCCCGUUCCGUCUGGAGUUCGACGAUCACGAGUGGAAGGCGCACAUCAAGUCCCUGAAGCCACUGGGCCUGGCCAUUCUGCUAAACACCUGUUCGCCGCUCACCCACGAGCAUUAUGCACAAUUCUGCGGCCAUGUCACCGCCGUGGCCAUGCUUGACAAAGAUCUGGUGCCAGUGACUAAUCGGUAUGCGUAUGCACUCAUUGAGUCGAGUAAAAGCUUUUUGCAUGGACGCUGCCUGUGCGAGCUGGCCAAACAGAUCGGAUUCACCGACCAUGCCACCGAUCGCUUCGCUUUGGAGGGUCAACUGGCCAGCUACCGCCAUUUGCAACCAGAUGUGGUGCGCAGGGACAUUCGCUUCGCCCGGCAGCUGCAGCUGUCCACCAAGGUGAAGGUUCCGUUUCCGCACUCCCUGUCCGUGGUGAUGCGCGAGAAUCCUGGAGGCUACCUAUCCCUCUUCACCCAGGGAACGGCUGAUAUUAUUCUGGACUGCUGCGACGACUUUUGGGAUGGCAUCGACCUGCGCCCGCUGUCCGCACAGGAUCGAAAGAGGGCACUGGACUUUUACCAGCGCAGUGCGUUGACCUCCUACUGCACGGCCUUUGCCUAUCGCCCCCUGCGGCACGGAAUCCACGGGGCACUGAGUGGCCCCCAGCGGAGCGGAGGUGAGUGUCUGUAUCUGGAGUUGCCGCCGGAGUCGAAGCUGCGCAUGCAGCAUGUGGACAAGACGCACUGCGACUUCCAGGGCGGCCAUCAUGUGAAGCUGAGCCACAGCAUCAGCACGGACUCGCUGCUCUUCUCGGAGAGCAAGGACGAGGAGUGCAACGAUGUGGAGGGCUGCUUCGAGAUGCAGUGCCAUCAGGUGUUCAUCGGCAUGGUCACGAUGCAGUAUCAGGCGCAGAACGACAUUGUUCGCCUGGUCGAGCAUCUGGAGCGGGCCUGCAUUCGCUUUGUGCACUUCAGCAAGGAGAACGAACUGCGAUCGCGGGUCUUCUCCGAAAAGAUGGGCCUGGAGUCCGGCUGGAACUGCCACAUAUCGCUGCUCAGCGAACCGGAGCCGGAGAACGAAAAGGAUCGCAGCGUCACGGCCAAGACGGCCAAGGAGUUGCCGCCGGAACAUAUUGGUAAAGUCCACGUUACAACCCCAACCACUGCCAUAGCCACAACAGACCAUGAGAACAUGAGCCAUCAUCCCAGUGCCAAAGUCAUGAACAUAUCGCCCCCAGCACCAGCACCAGCAUCCGCAACCGAAUUCGAAACCAUAAACGAUGCUAAAACCACUGAUAUUAUAGGUGAUGGCCCGGAGAAAAGUUACCUUCUGGGGCCACCCAACAAUCUGGAGUCCUCGAAAACCUUGAGUUCGUCAGCUCCUGGUGCCAUUUCCAAUCCGGAUGAGUGCAAUCCGCUCAACAGUGAGGCGGCCUCUUCACCGGACAACGAGGGCAGCAAGGAGAGCUCUCCGAAGAGUAAACCACCUGGAGAAUCGGAACUGGAGGGGGAAACCGAUCCUGGCAAGCACAAACAGCAGCGUCAUUCGCUGGACUCGGCCAUGGAUGAAAACUGCCGCUCGCUGAGCACACUCACCGAGAGCACGGAUCAGAGUGCUCCCAUCAACUUCGACAUGUCCAACCGGGCCAAGUUGCCGCGAGGCAUUGAGAACAUCAGGCCGCAUUUGGAGCAGGUGGACAAUGUGCCGCUGCAGGUCUCCCUCUUCACAGACUGUUCGGCGGAGGCCACGCGCCAAAUGCUGGACAUUAUGCAGUCCUACGGCGAGAUAGUCGUCUGCCUGGGCAGCUCGGCUAGCAAUGCCAAUGCGGAUAUCUUUCUGCAGGCGGAUUGCAGUAUAGCCGUGGAGCCACUGUAUCCGCAGGUUUGCCAGGAUGUAGAUGCCUACACGGAAGCCAAUAUACACCACAACAAGCUGCUGUGGCAGCGCCAGUCGAAGGGCAAGGCCAAGGGCCACAACGAUGCGGAGGAGCUGCUGGAGUCGGGUCUGCAGGGAUGCGCCAUGCAGACGCCGGCGCACACCAUCUCACCGCUGUAUCUCAGUCGGCUACUGAACUCACUGCCCUGCUCCAUUGCCGUCUGUCGCGAAGACCCGCUUUCGCUGGUGGCCAUAAUUGAGCUGUCACGACGCUUCUCGCUGGGAUUGUGGAACUGCAUCCAGUACUGGGCCUGCUGCGCCGGCUCCAUCUCCAUCCUAAACGUGCUGUGCGCGUGCCUCUCGCUGCCGCCACUGCUCACCCCGCUGCUGGCCAUCUAUCUGAUGUGCGUCCCAGUGCCGCUGAUAGCCAUCUCCCUCGCCCACAUCGACGUCGAUCCCAAAAUCAUGAACAGGGCCACAAGCAAAAAGCAAACUGACUACGAUUCGCGCGCCUUUGCCUUUGUCAUGUGGUGCUACGGCUGCAAGUUCAUCGCUCUGGUCGUGACCAUGCUUGUUUCCUACUGGAUGUUUUUAUCUGAGCCGAGAUUAAACCCUGCCACAGAAGCUACAGAAGAUACAAUUGCAUUAGAUUUAGAAGCUGACGAUGAUGAUGACGAUGAGGACUUCUACCAGUUUCUUUAUUUCGCUCGAAGUUGUGCCUUGCUGGGGAUCAUACUACACUUUGUUUUCAUAUCCUUUACAUUUGUGCAUCGUGAUCAUGCGCUCUGGCAGCGCAAUCCAUUUACCAAUCGAAUUUGGGCCAUUACCUGCUUGUUGUUGGUCCUCUUCCAUGGAGUAACAUGUUUUGUGCAAUUGCUUGUGGAGGAUUUCGACGAACAGUUGCCCAAAUUGUGGGUGGCCAUGUUGGUCUUGUUUGGCGGCAGUUUGCUGAGCAUGAUUGUCAGUGAGCUGGCAAAGUUCCAGGAGAACAAGGUCAAUGCGCGCUAUCAGCGUCGUGCGCGUCUUGACUUUGGCACCAAAUUGGGCAUGAACUCGCCCUUCUGAGAGUCACGGCUAGGACUAAGACCAAACGAAACGAAAAGACGCCAAUGUUACACACAUGUACUUAGUGCCAAGGCUGUAUAUAACACCACCACUCAACACACGCUAUUUCUUAUUUUUUAUUACUUUAACGAUACGAUGCAGACUAACCAUUGGGGUAUUUCAAAGCCGUUUGUUUGACUUUGUUUGUAGAAUCGGCCAAAGUUAUUGUACCCACCAUUUGUACUUCCACGUGUUUAUUUUAAUUUUGCGACAACACAUUUGUUAUUCUUGUUUCUAAAACGGUUUGUUUCGAGUUCCUUGUUUCAAUGAGAGAUAACUUUGUGUACUAACAUUCAAAAGACUUGCAAUUAAUGUAUGAAAUAUAUGUAUGUAUGGUAAAACUGAAAA